GGUUUGUUAGAAACACCAUAAAAAGAAAAAAUCCUCCAUCAACAUUUCUUCUUCUUCAAGCUUCAAUCCACCGUUAAAACCCAUACGCUUAAACAAAACCACACAUAUACAGCAAUGGCAAAAACCUCUACAGCAGGCCUCUUUAACAUCCCCUACUUCUCUUCUUCACCGUCACCGUCACCGUCGCCGGCCGUUGAUCCGAAAUCAUCUCCGCCGCAGAAUGAUUCACCGGCAGAGGCAGCACCGCGUGUUCGUAACAACAAUCCGAGAACAACUUCGGCCGGAUUUGAUCCGGAGGCCUUGGAAAGAGGUGCCGCAGCUGUUAAAACAAUUGCCGCAUCUAAGGAUGCCAAAAAGGUUUUUGAAUUGAUGAAGAAGCAGGAAGAGACUAGACAGGCGGAUUUAGCGACCAAGAUGGCCGAGUUUAAAGCGAUGCAAGCUCAGUCAGAAACUGAGAGACAAAAGGUAAUAUAUGAUGAACAGAAAAAGCUAGCUCAGCAACAAGCACAAAUAAAAUCCCAGAUGGCUCGCUAUGAGGAUGAGCUGGCAAGGAAAAGAAUGCAGACAGAAAACGAGCAUCACAGAACAAGAAAUCAAGAGCUGGUAAAAAUGCAAGAAGAAUCAUCAGUUAGGCAAGAACAAGCCAGACGAGCAACAGAAGAACAAAUUCAAGCACAAAAAAGACAAACGGAAAGAGAGAAAGCUGAAAUUGAGAGAGAAACAAUUAGAAUCAGGGCUAUGGCUGAAGCUGAAGGAAGAGCUCAUGAAGCUAAAUUGGCAGAAGACGUGAACAAACGGAUGCUGGUAGAACGUGCAAAUGCAGAAAGAGAGAAAUGGGUCUCUGCAAUUAACACUACAUUUGAGCACAUUGGAGGGGGGUUGCGUACAAUAUUAACUGAUCAAAACAAGCUGGUAGUAGCUGUUGGUGGUGUCACAGCUCUUGCUGCAGGGAUCUACACAACAAGAGAAGGUGCUAGGGUGGUGUGGAGCUACGUAGACAGAAUAUUGGGACAACCAUCACUGAUUAGGGAAUCUUCUAGAGGGAGAUAUCCAUGGUCCGGCGUUUUUUCACGUGGGUUGAGCACUCUAUCACAUGGUGGACAACACGGGUCAAAGUCCCAAAAUGCAUUUGGUGAUGUGAUUCUUAAUCCGUCUCUGCAGAAGCGAAUUCAACAAUUGGCUGGUGCAACCGCCAAUACAAAAGCUCAUCAGGCACCGUUCAGGAAUAUGCUCUUUUAUGGCCCCCCAGGAACCGGAAAAACAAUGGCAGCCCGAGAAUUAGCAAAAAAAUCUGGGCUUGAUUAUGCGCUGAUGACUGGUGGAGAUGUGGCACCGUUAGGUUCUCAAGCUGUUACAAAAAUACAUCAAUUAUUUGAUUGGGCCAAAAAAUCUAAUAGGGGACUGUUGCUUUUUAUCGAUGAAGCUGAUGCAUUUUUGUGCGAGCGGAACAAGACUUAUAUGAGUGAAGCUCAAAGGAGUGCCCUAAACGCCCUCCUGUUUCGAACCGGUGACCAAUCAAAAGACAUAGUCCUGGCUUUAGCCACAAACCGGCCCGGUGAUCUUGACUCAGCGGUUGCAGACCGUAUCGAUGAAGUUUUAGAAUUCCCAUUACCUGGUGAAGAAGAAAGAUUUAAACUUCUGAAAUUAUAUUUAGAUAAAUACAUUGCUAAAGCUGGUGCGAGAAAACCAGGUGUAUUUUCGAAGUUUUUUCAAAAGCAACAGCAGCAAAUAGAGAUAAAGGGUUUGAAUAAUGAUAUGAUUAAAGAAGCUGCUGCGAAAACCGGUGGAUUUUCAGGCAGAGAGAUUGCUAAACUUAUGGCAAGUGUACAGGCGGCUGUCUAUGGGAGUGAAGAUUGUGUUCUUGAUCCUGUUUUGUUUCGUGAAGUUGUUGAUUAUAAAGUUGCAGAACAUCAGCAGAGGCGGACACUGGCCGGUGUUGAUGGCAGUGGCGAUAAUUAGUUGGUGUUUGGGUGGCAUUUUGGUGGUCAAACUAGGAUGAAUUUAUUGGUGCAUCUGAUAAAGAGGUUCAUUGAUAUACAAACAGGAAGUGUUAUUCAUUGGUUGUCAAUCUUUGUAUUAGUUGAAGAAUUGAUGUUAUGUUGAGGUAGAUUUAUCUUUGGUUUGCAGGCAAAGAUUUUUGCAAUAAGAUGAGUUUUUUCAUCUGUUUUUUUACUGACGAUGGAUACAUGGAGAUGUAGCAUUGACCAUUUUUUUA